UCAAUUUUCUAACGCUUUGUACAAGUUGCAAGUAAACAACGUAUUUAUUCACUUCGACGUCAGAAACACACGAUUAACUUUAAUCCCCUUUAUCGAGCUAUUUCUUUUUUAAAUGAUUUAUUGAAAAGUGUGCACCGCAAUAAAAUGAUUUAUCACCAGAUUUAUUUCAUCAAUCACGCAAAAGCCUCAAUCUAGAAUUUGGUUAUCCGAAAACAAAUCACUUAGAAAUCAAACUACGUUCAAACGAAAACUCCGUAUUAAACCAUCGCACACUCGGCAUCGGAUAUCCAACCCAAGACGAUAAAAGAUAAAGUCAUAAAUUACAAACAUCAAACUUCGAUAACACCGUUUUCGCUAUAAAACAAUAUAAAUCACUACGGUUUCAAAACUCGGUUUAGUUGGCACAAUGAUCAAAAACCUGUUCCGUCGCAGCAACUCCAGUAAAGAAAAUACUGAGCAAAGACGGCCUGCCGUCACCCCCCAGCACUUCGACUAUGACGAAGACAUCAUCAAAACCAUCACCAAGCACCCCAAAACCAAAGAAGACGAAAUGUUCAUUCGCUCCGCCAUCGAAAACAACGACUUCUUGUGCAGUCUACUCCAGAACCAGAAGCUCCAAGACGUCAUAGAUUGCAUGUACCCAGAAUCGGUGACACCGAACGAGAUCAUCAUCAAACAAGGGGAUUUAGAUGGGUCCCACUUGUACGUUUCUGUGACCGGUACUUACGAAGUGAUCCAAAACGACGAAGUUAUCAACAGUUUUAGUGACGUGAGGGUUUUCGGGGAGUUGGCACUACUGUACAACGCCAAGCGACUAGCGACCAUAAAGUCCAAAAGCUUUGGAAAAAUGUGGCUUUUGGAUAGGGUGGUGUUCAAACACUUGUUGGUGCGUUCGGAGAUGGAACAACACGAAGAGGUAGUCGGGUUUUUGCAGCAAGUACCGAAAUUGAAUAGCGUACCGAAGGAAGUACUACAACAAGUAGCGAGUCUACUCAAGCUUGAGUUUUUCGCUACUGGUACUAGCAUAGUGGAAGAAGGGGACACCAGCCCCGACACGUUCUACAUUAUUAAAGCCGGCUCUGUAACCGUGAGUAAGAAAAGUGAAGGUUUAAUUGACCGGUUGUACCGAGGCGCUUUCUUCGGAGAAUUAGCGCUUCUGAAAGCUAAAGAACGAAAAGCAACAGUGACCGCAGACGCGCCAGGGACGGAAUGCUUCAUUUUAAACCGCAAACAAUUCCUGGAACAUUUUGGCAACAUCCCGGAUUGCAUCAGUAUCAAUUUCCAAAUACAACCAUACAAACCCAUGGAAGAACUAAUCGAACACACCGACUUAAGUCUGGACGAUUUCAAAAUAGUUAACACCUUAGGAAUCGGCGGCUUUGGAAGAGUCGAACUCGUGCAACACUCCUCCAAAAAAGAACUCGUCUUUGCGCUAAAGUGCAUGCAAAAACACAUCGUGGCGGCCCAAAAACAACAAGAACACGUUUUCAACGAAAAAGAUAUCCAGAUUUCGUGCAAAAACAACUUCAUAGUGAGACUCUAUCGCACGUAUAAGGACCCAAAGUACUUGUAUUUCCUCCUGGAGCCGUGUUUGGGUGGCGACUUGUGGAACCAUCUGCAUAAACACAAACCUCGCCAGUUUGAGGAUCAAGUAGCCCAGUUUUAUGCCGGGUGCGUCAUUGAAGCCUUCGCCUAUCUACACGAACGCAGAAUCGUUUAUCGAGACCUCAAACCCGAGAAUCUUCUCCUAGAUGCUAAAGGCUACGUCAAACUUACUGACUUCGGGUUCGCUAAAAAGCUCCAAAUGUUUAAAAAGUGCAUCAAGAAAACUUAUACUUUUGCAGGGACGCCUGAAUACGUCCCGCCUGAGAUUAUUCUCAACCAAGGACACGAUAAAGCUGUGGAUUAUUGGGCUUUGGGGGUUUUUAUUUACGAGUUGUUGACUGGGAAUACCCCGUUUCGUACUGAUGAUGUGAGUUAUAUGAAGACUUACAAGCUGAUUUUGAAAGGGAUUGAUGAUGUUAAGUUUCCGUUGGAUGUGUCUGUUCAAGCGGAAGGGUUGGUGAAGAAGUUGUGCAAGUCGACGCCUUCAGAGAGACUGGGGUGUUUGAAUGGGGGCGUUAUGGAUAUAAAGAACCAUGAGUGGUUUGAUGGGUUUAGUUGGGAGAAGUUGGCGGAGUGUAAGUUACCAGCGCCAUAUCGGCCGAAUUUGAAGACGAACACGGAUGUGCACUACUUUGAGAAGUUCCCGAAGGAUAAUAUGGUCCCUCCUGACGACAAUUCAGGCUGGGAUGACAAUUUUUAAAUUUAGAACUGCAGUUUUGAAAAAAGAUCUGUUUUUUAUAGUUUAAUAAGUCCAUAAUAUGUAGCAUUUGUGCAAAAAAAUGUCCACUUUUUUGAAGAAAAAGGACCAAAGCGCCAUCUGUGAAUGCGAUGAGUAUUUAUAUAAAAUAUAAUUUUCUUUUUGUUUGUAUUAGUGAUAAGACAAAUUGUUUAUGAUAAGAAAAACAAUGAGCGUUUAUGUAUAAUCCUUCCUAAGCCCUUUUUGGUGAUAAAAGAUAAUUCGGCUAAAUUUAUCUUAUUAGGUUUCUCUUGUUGUAGUCUAUGUAUUUAUUUCCUUAAAUAUAAUUUAUCAUAAGUAA